AUGUCUUUGACUGAUCAAGUUGCAACUACGUCUGACUCGGAGGAGAAGCUUCUUGCUGACCUGGCGGCGAGCAAAACGCUACCUCUGUGGAAGCAAAUUACCAAGCUGAACCCUCCGGUACCGAAUCCCACCACCAUCCCCAAUGUGUGGAGAUAUAAAGACGUUCGACCGAACCUUUUACGUGCCGGCGCACUCGUCCCGGCGGAGCAGGCUGAGCGUCGAGUUCUGAUGCUGAUAAAUCCAGCCAGAGAUGCUCCCUAUACAACCGACACCCUCUACGCUGGUCUCCAGUUAGUGAUGCCCAAUGAAACCGCUCGUGCACAUCGCCACACAGCCUUUGCAAUGCGCUUCAUCAUCGAAGGUAAUGGCGGAUUUACUGCAGUCCACGGCCGCCGCAUCCAGAUGCAGCAGGGCGAUGUGAUCCUGACGCCGACGUGGAACUACCAUGACCACGGCAAAGAUGGCUCCGGACCCAUGAUUUGGCUAGAUGGCUUAGACCUGCCCAAUUUCAAGCAUUUCCCUGUGCACUUUGUCGAACAUUUCAAUCAGCCGCGGUAUCCAGCGAAAGAUGUUGAUAACAGCACUUCUCCACUGGUGUUCUCUUGGUCUGAGAUGAAAGUUCGGCUGGACAGUAUACCUGGGGAUUGGGCGACGCGUCGGUAUUUGAAGGCCGACGGUAGUGAAGUGAGCCGUGUUCUUGGUGGUUGUGCUGAGCGUCUCACAGCAGGCAAGUCCUCGCCUAGUCGUCGUGAGACUACCUCUUCUGUGUACCAUGCGGUUGCUGGAGCUGGAUACUCAAUUAUUGGGGACAAGAAGCUUAUUUGGGAGAAGGGUGAUACCUUCUGCAUUCCUUCGUGGUACAAAUAUCAGCACUUUGCCGAUCCCGGGCAGCCAGUGUAUCUGUAUCGGUUUGACGAUAAGCCAAUGAUCGAUGCGUUGGGAUUCUAUCGUUCAGGGGAGAUGGAUGCUGAAUCACUUGUGACUUGA